AUGCGCGCUCCCGUGCCGGUGUCGCGAUGCGUCCAACGCAGUCGGGCUCGCGCAACGGCGCCCCCGUGCGCAGCCAGACGACAGCAGCCCGUCCGCGCCAUGACCUCGAUGACGCCGCAGCCCGUCCGCGGGACGACGUGCCGGCGGUCAAGCGCAGCCUUUCGCCCGCCGCCGCUGGCGGGCACGACGGCGAGGGCCUUCAGCGCCGGGCACGACGGCUCCUUCGACCCGGCGUCGGUGGAGCGCGAGUCGGACGAGGUUGACGUCUGCAUCGUCGGCGGCGGCCCUGCCGGGCUGAGCGCCGCCAUCCGGCUGAAGCAGCUGGCCAACGAGGCGGGCAACGACGGCUUCCGCGUCAUCGUGCUCGAGAAGGCCGGGGACGUGGGCGCGCACAUCCUGUCCGGCGCCGUCAUCCAGCCCUCGUCCAUCGACGAGCUCCUCCCCGGCUGGCUGGACGAGUCCAACCCGAACCGGUUCCGGCACGCGACCCCCGCCACAAAGGACAGGAUGUAUCUCCUGACCAGGACGGCGUCCGUGCCCCUCCCCGCGCCGCCGCAGAUGCACAACCGCGGAAACUACAUUGUCAGCCUGAACCAGCUGGUCAAGUGGCUGGCCGAGCGGGCCGAGGAGCUCGGCGUCGAGGUCUACCCCGGCUUCGCCGCCGCCCAGGUCCUGUACGGCUCCGACGGCUCCGUCAAGGGCGUGGCCACCAACGACCUGGGCAUCGGCCGCGACGGCAAGCCCCGGGACACGUUUGAGCGGGGCAUGGAGUUCCACGCCAAGGUGACCAUGUUUGGCGAGGGGUGCCACGGCAGCCUGACCAAGCAGGUCAUCCGCAAGUUUGACCUGCGCAAGGACAGCCAGCACCAGACGUACGCCCUCGGCAUCAAGGAGGUGUGGGAGGUCGACCCCGCCAGGUUCGACCGCGGGCUCGCCGUCCACGCCAUGGGCCACCCCUUGCCCCGCGACGUCUACGGCGGCUCCUUCAUGUACCACUUUGGCGACAACAUGGUGGCGCUGGGCCUGGUCGUCUCGCUCGACUACAAGAACCCCUGGCUGUCGCCGUACCAGGAGUUCCAGCGGCUCAAGCAGCACCCCCUGUUCCGCGGCACGCUGGAAAACGCAAAGUGCAUCUCGUACGGGGCCAGGGCCCUCGUCGAGGGCGGCUUCCAGUCCGUCCCCAAGGUCGCCUUCCCCGGCGGCGCCCUCAUCGGCGACUCGGCCGGCUUCGUCAACGUGCCCAAGGUCAAGGGGACGCACAACGCCGUCAAGUCGGGCAUGCUGGCCGCCGAGGCGGCCUGGGGCGCCCUCAGGCAGAGCGACCAGGGCACGGUUUUCCUCUACGACUACGAGGACUCGCUCCGCAGGUCGUCCAUCUGGAAGGAGCUCAAGGAGGUGCGCAACAUGCGCCCGUCGUUCCACUCGCCCCUCGGCUUCAUCGGCGGCAUCUUGUACUCUGCCUUGGAGGGGUUCGUCUUCAAGGGCCGAGUCCCGUGGACGCUGAAACACAAGACGCCCGACCACGCGGCCACGCAGCCGGCCGACAAGUUCCCCCGGAUCGAGUAUCCCAAGCCCGACGGCAAGAUCUCCUUUGACAUCCUGACCAGCGUGUCGCGAACCGGCACCAACCACGAGGAAGACCAGCCCGUCCAUCUGCAGGUCAAGGACUGGGACGCGCAUACCGAGUCGACCUAUCCAGCCUUCAAGGGUCUGGAGAACCGCUUCUGCCCGGCUGGCGUGUACGAGUACGUUGAAGACGAGUCCAAGCCGCAUGGCGUCCGGUUCCAGAUCAAUGCCCAAAACUGCAUCCACUGCAAGACGUGCGACAUCAAAGCUCCUCGCCAGGAUAUCAACUGGCAAGUGCCACAAGGCGGAGAGGGUCCUAAAUACUACAUGACUUGA